AUGGAAAAGUGCGAGAAUGAGUAUCCUUCAUCAUCCUCAUCGGAAGCCGAUGAGUUGGAGACUAUACCUCUGGGAACUUACUGCGUAUGGAGGCCUGAAUUCUCUAAGUCAUCACCGAGUCAAUGUAAAAAGAGCAAGUCUACCGGAUCAGGAUCGAAGCGGUGGAAGUUUCGAGAUUUGGUCCGCCGAUGCAACAGCGAGGGCAAGGACUCUUUCGCCCCUUUAACACCGAAACACAAAGAAGAAAAGUCAAAAGAAAUUGCAAAUUCAAAAAAUUCGACAGAGAAGCGAGUCGUCUCCGGCGAGAAAUCGGCGGCGAAUUCACUUCAUGAAGCAUUUUAUGUACGGAACAGAACAAUAAAGGAAGGUGAUAGGAAAAAAUCGUAUUUACCAUACAGACAAGACCUGGUAGGAUUUUUCCCUAAUGCCAAUGGAUUGGGCAGGAGGAGUUUUCCAGCAUUCUAG